AUGACUAUGGCAGAUUAUUUAUCUCGAGUGGGAGUUGAUGGUCGUUUAGUUGCAGUUGUACAACAAGGGUCUGAUGUGGGUGUGAAAGAGGAGAUGGCAGAGUUGUUUGAGUUGGACACUAUCCGACAACAGCAGUCUAAGGAGUCUGAAAUAGAUCAAGUUAUCAAAGCAAUCCAGCAGAAUAGCACAAUGGAUAAGGCAGGGCACAAUAAUGAUCUGGAGAGCGCUUAUUCCAAGGGACGAUUACAGUUGAGUGCCGAUGGGAUAUUGAGAUUUGUGAACUUCCGUGGUCAUAUGGGACAAGCGACAACAUGGGAGAGAGCUCGUAGAGCAGCUUGGUGGCCUGGUAUGAAGACGGAUGUGAUGAAAUAUGUUCAAGGAUGUGAUAAGUGUCAGUUGCAUAAGCAAAAGAAAUUCCCUGGCAGAGCUCCAUUACGGAAUACCGAUAUUCCAGGACGUCCUUUGGACAAGGUUCAAAUAGACUUCUGCAGCCCUUUUCACAAGUCAAUUCCAGAUGAAAUGGAGUACAUAUUGGCUAUCCAAGACGUAUUCAGCAGAUAUUGUAUUUUGAUACCAACAAGAGAUUGUAAAGCGGAGACUGCAGCACAAGUAUUUCGAGAGAGGUGGGUGUGCCAGUUUGGAAUUCCUCUCAUGGUACAAUCAGAUAGAGGUACACAUUUCACGGCAUUGGUUUUCCAAGAGACUUGUAAAGCUUUAGGGAUUAAACACAUAUCGAGUUCAGCAAAUCACCCACAAUCUCAGGGCCAGGUUGAGCAUCAGAAUCAUUUGGUGGAUAAUAUUCGUUGUGUAAUAGAAGAGGAGCCAUAUGCUUGGCCUAGAGCAGUCGAGGUAGUACAGUUUGCACAUAAUACCGCAGUGAAUGCUACCACUGGAUAUACUCCUCAUGACUUAUUGUUUGGUCAGGCAUCACGACGUCCAGAGACACUGUUAGCUAGACAGCUAUCACUAUCAGGAAGAUUGUCAGACGAGGAUUGGGAAAAUGACGAGACACACAAAGAAAUGGCUAGGAGGCAAUGUCAAGAAAAACGGAAGGUACGAGCUAUACAACGAGGUGUUCCAUAUGAAGUGGGACAAGUGGUACGAAGAAAGUUGUCACCAGCUGAAAGGAGAUUAGGGAAACUUUCACCAUACAAGAGUUCUAGAUAUGUGAUAAUCGAAAAACAAGGAGACACAUAUUGGUGUCGUGAAAUUGAAGGGACAACCCACAAACCAUUCAAAGGCAUUACAACGACUUAG